AUGUCAUCUUCAUGGACACCUCCCGACGAUUAUAAGUCCAGGCCUGUGGCCAUUCUUGGAGCUGGAGUUCUGGGAAGACGGAUAGGAUGUAUCUGGGCCUCUGCUGGCUUUGAUGUACGGCUGCGCGAUCCAAGUGCGCAACAACGGGACGAUGGAAUUGCCUACAUCCAGGAAAAUGCCAUCCUUUACGCUCAGAAGACCGGCAAGAAAGUCGGUGCUGUGCACGCGUUUGAGAAUCUAGAAGACGCUGUAGCCAAUUGCUGGCUUGUGAUUGAGGCUGUUCCCGAGAAGAUCCAAUUGAAGAUUGAUACCUUCGGGGAACUUGAUUCACUGGCACCAGCCGACUGCAUUUUGGCGUCGAACUCGUCAUCUUACAAGUCGUCUGAAAUGCUAGAAAAGGUCUCAGAGGCUGGCAAGAGCCGAGUUUUGAACAUGCACUACUAUAUGCCGCCACAGUGUAUGAUCGUCGAGAUCAUGACUGACGGUCAUACCGAGAGGAGCAUCUUCCCUUUCAUCAUUGAUCGCUGCAAGGAAGGAGCAACCUUGCCUUAUGUCGCCCGGAAGGAGUCCACGGGAUUUAUAUUCAACCGCCUUUGGGCAGCUGUCAAACGAGAGACCUUGACCAUUCUGGCGGAAGGUGUCUCGGUUCCGGAAGAGAUAGACUCUUUGUGGACUGAAAUGUUCGUCAAGGGAGGCUCAACCCCUUGCAGGACUAUGGAUGAUGUCGGCCUCGAUACGGUCGCUUUUAUUGAAUCGCAUUAUGUUGAGGAACGUGGCCUUUCUCCCAAGAAUACCGUUGAUUACCUCCAAGCAUUCUACAUCAACGAUGGGAAAUUGGGCACGAAAAGCUCUCAAGGUGGACUUUACCCGCCCCAAGUACCCGAAGAAAAACAAGCUUCCAAAGAGCCUCGACUCGUGGUUUUAGACAUCGGGUUGUCUUCCGCUACACCAUCAGCGACAUCUGGUUCCAUCGUUGAAAUUUCAGCAAAUGGACAGAUUCAACAAACUCUCGUCGAGAAUCAGGCUUUGCCUGAUGGCCUAGCCAUUGAUCCCAAGACUGGACGACUAUUUUGGACCAACAUGGGGGUUCCUGGUGAGGUGGAUGGGAGCGUGCUCUCGUACAACCCCCAGACCAAGCUUGUUGAGACCAUCAUACCAUCGGGAAGGAUCAAUACACCCAAGCAGUUGGCCCUCGACAGCAUUUCAAACAAACUGUACUUCUCCGAUCGUGAAGGUCUUUGUGUUUACCGCUGCAACUUUGACGGUACCAGCUUAGAGAAGAUCGUAGAAGCUGGUAACUCGCAUAACCUUGAGGAAGCCCAAGAUGCCAAAAAUUGGUGCGUCGGUAUUGCUGUUGCUCCUAAACUGGGAAAGUUUUACUGGACACAGAAAGGUCCAUCCAAGGGCGGACAGGGUCGCAUCUUUUGUGCCAAUAUCUCGACCCCAGUGGGUCAGCAUCCUUCGACGAGGUCGGAUAUCGAAUGUGUUCAGAAUGGGCUUCCAGAGCCCAUCGAUCUUGAAGUUGAUGAACCGAACGGCUGGCUAUACUGGACAGACCGUGGCGAGAUUCCUUUUGGCAAUUCUCUCAAUCGUGUUCGGCUUAACAAGCUUGGCCAGGGCUCGGCGUCCCAGAAGCCCGAAUUAUUGGCACGGAACUUCAACGAAACGAUUGGACUGAAGUUGGAUGUCGAAAACAACUCGGUCUAUGUUACAGAUCUCGGUGGCAGUGUAUAUCGCUGCGGUCUGACCGGCGAGUCAAAGUCACUGCUAUACACAGAUAGCUCUCGAGCCUUUACUGGGAUUGCCAUACUUUGA